CACACACGGUGGGUGGUCGACACGGGACGACUAUAUUGGCGGAUCAAUGGCGUGAGGAGCCAUCGCAAAGGAACACUCGAGAGAAUGAACAGUACUACUUAGCUCGCUCUUGGUCCGCUGGAACACACAAUGGAUCUUGACAAGACGAACACGGUGGGCAGCGACGGUGCGGCGAACGGGCAGGACCUAGAGCAGGCUCGCCGCGGCCAGGAGCUUCCCCCGCCUGCCGGCCAUGCCACCAAGGGCCUCGCCGUCGGCCACCUCAUCCGGGAGCUGGUGCUAGAGGGCGUGGCGACGUUCCUGGUGGUGUUCUGGUCGUGCGUGGCGGCGCUGAUGCAGGAGAUGCACCACAGCCUGACCUUCCCCACGGUCUGCCUCGUCGUCGCCCUCACCGUCGCCUUCGUGCUCGGCUGGAUGGGCCCCGCGCACCUCAACCCCGCCGUCACCUUCACCUUCGCCGCCUUCCGCUACUUCCCAUGGCGCAAGCUGCCGCUCUACGUCGCCACGCAGAUCGCCGCCUCCGUGCUCGCCUGCCUCUCCGUCAACGCCAUCAUGAGCCCGCACGACGACAACUUCUACGGCACCGUGCCGAGGCCGCCAGGGGCCGGCGCCCGGCUGCCGUUCCUCCUCGAGCUCCUCGCCUCCGCCGUGCUCAUGAUCGUCAUCUCCACCGUCGCCAUGAGCAACGCCGUAACUCACGCAAAAAUCUAUUUUACAUACAUGCAACCGCGCGGGAGACGAAACUUUGGGCCGGAAACGAACGAUCGAUCGCUUCCAUUAUUGAUUCUUGGCUUGCAUGCAGAGCAAGGCGGUGGUAGGGAUCGCCAUCGGGGCGGCGGUCGGGACGCUGGGGCUGGUCAUCGGGCCCGUGUCGGGAGGCUCGAUGAACCCGGCGAGGAGCCUGGGCCCGGCGAUCGUCUUCGGCCGCUACACCUCCAUCUGGAUCUACGUCACUGCGCCCGUCGCCGGCAUGCUGCUCGGCGCGCUCUUCAACAAGGGCGUCCGGCAGUCCGACACGAUCGUGGGCUUCCUCUGCGGCGGCAGGGGCGCGUCCAGCAGGGUGGUCGUCGUCGGUCGCUCCGUCACAGGAACGCCUGGAACGAACUAGCCAGCUAGCCGUUUCGGAAGUGGCAUCGGUUGUUGUAAUCCACUUGUAAGAGCAUGGAUGAUGUAAAUCACCAAAAAGCACUAAAUGUAUGACUUUACUACA